ACUCAGGUGGUACGUCAAUACAUUUCGCAAAAAUAUACAUAUUUUUAUCGGUUUGGGAUUUUUUUGUUUAGGGUUUAUUCAGGUUUUUAUUAACGAUUCAGCUGUUUUUUUCUCUCUUUCGAUUAUUAGUUGUUCCAGGUUGUUCAUUGUUUACUUAUAUCGUGACAUAAUGACUGAUUGUAUUUUAGACAUAGUCAAACCAUAAAUUGUUACUAUCGGGAGAGACUAUAUUGGGGGAUUAAUGACCACCUUUUUUUCCCAUUGAUACCUGCUAAUUUUGUAUUAAUUUUGAGCCCCGGCAUGGCGCUCGACCUGGCGAAGGAGAACCUGAAGGGGCUCCUGGGCAACUGGUACCUGGCGGGCCGGGAGCCGUGGCAGGUCGUCUCUGCGACCGCGACCGCGGUGCUGGGCGGGGUCUGGCUGUGGGGGUUCCUGUUCCAGGAGGAGAGCCUGGUGAGCCGGGGCAAGCGGGUGGCGUUCAGGCUCGCGAGGCACAUCCCCGCCGUCGCGCGCCGGAUAGACUCGGAGCUGAGCAAGAUCAACAAGGACUUCCAGGAGGAGGUGAUCCACCGGAACGAGGGCAACCCGUACAUCGUGUCGCUGCCGGAGCAGGGGAAGACCCACCGGGAGAUUGUCGACAUGGUGAAGCUCUACUUGGGGUUCGGUGACUACCGCUGGCAGGACGGCUACGUCUCCGGGGCGGUCUACUACUUCGACGAAGGCCUCAUCCGGCUGCUGACGGACGUGUACGGCCUGGCGUCCUACACCAACCCCCUCCACCCGGACAUAUUCCCCGGCGUGUGCAAGAUGGAGGCGGAGGUGGUGCGCAUGACGGCCGAGCUGUUCCACGGCGGGCCGGCGUCCUGCGGCACGAUGACGACGGGCGGGACGGAGUCCAUCCUGAUGGCCUGCAAGGCGUACCGCGACUACGCCCGGGAGGAGUGGGGCAUCAAGCACCCGGAGAUCGUCCUGCCGACCACGGCGCACCCUGCCUUCGACAAGGCGGGGCUGUACCUCGGGAUCCGCAUCACGCAUGUGCCCGUCGACCCGGAGACGUACAAGGUGGACGUGGGGGCCAUGCGGCGGGCCGUCUCCCGGAACACCAUCCUGCUGGUGGGCUCGACGCCCAACUUCCCGUACGGCACGAUGGACGACAUAGAGGCCGUGGCAGCGCUGGGGCUGCGCAAGCGUGUCCCGGUCCACGUGGACGCGUGCCUCGGGGGCUUCGUGAUCGCCUUCAUGCGCCGCGCGGGCUACAGCGUGCCGCCCUUCGACUUCGCCGUGCCCGGCGUCACCAGCAUAUCGGCCGACACACACAAGUACGGGUUCGCGCCGAAGGGUUCGUCGGUGAUCUUGUACUCGGAGCCCAAGUACAGGCACCACCAGUUCUGCGUGACGACGGACUGGCCCGGCGGCGUUUACGGCUCCCCGACGGUGAACGGCUCCAGGGCUGGAGGCAUCAUAGCAGCCUGCUGGGCGACCAUGAUAUCAUUCGGCCUGGAAGGCUACGUGGACACGACGAAGAAGAUUGUGGAGACCACCCGGUAUAUUGUGAAAAGGCUGAGCGAAAUGGACAGCCUGUUCGUGUUCGGGGAGCCGGCGACGUCGGUGAUCGCGAUCGGCUCGCGGGCGUUCCACAUCUACCGGCUGUCGGACGCGCUGGGGAAGCGCGGCUGGAACCUCAACCCGCUGCAGUACCCGCCGGGCAUCCACCUGUGCGUGACGCACAUGCACACGGCGCCCGGCGUGGCGGAGCGCUUCGUGGCGGACGUGCGUGCCGAGCUGGGGACCAUCAUGCAGGACCCGGGCCGCCAGGUGGACGGCAAGCUGGCCAUGUACGGCAUGAGCCAGGGCAUCCCGGACCGCUCCAUCGUGGGCGACUUCACGCGCUUCUUCCUCGACUCCAUGUACUACACGCCGGCCGGCAGGGGCGAUGGCCCGGCGUAGCCUCUCUCUCUCUCCCUCCCCCUCUAUCCCUCCCCCUCUCUCCCUCCCCCUCUCUCUCUAUCCCUCUCUCCCUCUCUCUCCCUCCUUCCACCGCCCGCCGCCACGUGAAGUACAGCUGAUAUUAACCAUCUAGACGUCGGGAACAAAAUAUCUUACAAAACACCACAUUUACAAGUUUGGUUUUGCUGCAAAAAAAAAAUUGGUAAAAAUGAGAAGUAUCUGAAUUAGGUUAAGAAUUUAAAUACUAUUAAAACAUUAUUUAUGGGUAAAUUUUGAUUUCAGAUUCUUCAACAUCAAGGAAAAACUUAUUCAGUCUUGUUUGAUAACCUGUGUAAAUAAUCUGUUGCACCUGAUCAAGUUAGACCUCGGUACGAGCCUGGCGCAAGGCAGCGUGGAGAUUGCGUUAUGGAAGGCUGCCUGUCUCUUGGCGCUUCCACAUUUGUGCAGGGCUUCAGGUAAACUAAACAUUUCUUUAUACAGCUGCUCGAGGUUUUUAUAGGUGUUUGAUCGCAAACAGCAUUUAAAAACUACAAGGCCACUCUAAAAAAGUUUAAUUUUUUUUUUUUAAUAAAAUUUAUUUCCAUAAAAUCUUAAGCUAAUUUAGGGCUAAGUUAGGUUACAUAGGUUAUUACUCACAUUUUUUGUUUAAAUAAUAAUUAUUUCUUCUGUGAAAUAAAUGGUUUCAUUAUAAAAAUACUACAUAUAAUUCCUUAAAUUGUAAUGAAAUUAUGAUUUCUGAAAUUACAAAAUAGGUAUCUAAGAUUUACAAAUUUUGUUCGAAACAUUGUACUGUGUUAAAAUGUCAGCCUUAUAUUACCUUGUAAAACACAUACAUCAUGCAUUUGGGGUUAAAUACGAUCUUGUUCUUAUAUAUAAGAUAUUUUAUUAUUUUAAUUUUUUAAAUCUAGCUUACUAUGUAUUUAAGGUCGUAGAAUUAUUGAUGUGGUUGUGUAAUUGAGUCACCUACGUGACAAAGGUUGUUUUUGAUGCACGGUGGUUAUGUUCUCGGGUGUAUAUGGUACUUAACACUUAAUUGUAGGUUUCUGAAUGCCUAUUUCAAAAUUUGGAUCCUUGUAUUAUGCCUGAUUUGGAAUAAAAAUGGUUGGUAAAACAGAAUUACCUGGACAUGUCAGAAGUUUUUCAAACUGUAACAUUUUUUUUAUAGUCAUUGAACCUUAUUUUGGUUGUAACAUGAUCUACAUUUAAAACUCUUUGAUGAAUCAGAACAACGUAUACAUUGAACAAAAAAGUUCACACAUCAGUUUAGGUAAGUAAUGGAUGAAAGGUUCAUUGCAAAAAAAUUAAUUACGUAUGUCAUUCAAUUGUACAACAAUUUCUCAUUUUAAGGAUAUUAAUUUUUUUGUAACUUGAUAUUUAGUAUGUCAGGGUUAUACCCUCUUUUAUCGCAUAAUCGUCGCACCCAUAUUUUAGGGCGUUAAAAUUCUGAUAAAAAAACCUCUCGCAUAAACGUCACUUGAUGUUUUUGGUCCCGCUAUUAGAUUCAGAGCGCUUUGUGUGGGUAUUUUUUUCCGUUUAAAAUGAUGUAUUUUAAAAUAGAAAUCUAAUAUUUAUUCGGACAUUACCACUUACUUAUUUAAUUUACGGAAAUACAAAGUUGUCUGACAUGUAAAUUAUCUUUUAAAGAGUUUUUAAACGUUAUAGCCUUCAUCUGUUUGUCAGCGUCACCGCGGAGUACCGCUUACAAAAAUGUAGCCAGUGCUCAUUGCUAUCAUUAAUGUUUGGUUAUGUUGCUUCCCGUGUAGAGCGCGCGCACUUAGCUGAAUAUCGAUAUCUCGCCAAGUGCAUGCAACACGCGCUCUCUAUCAGGUGCUGAGUUAACUACAUUUGAUAGCCCGCACUCUUUCGUAUUGUGUACUACGGUAGUUACGGGUUCGUUUGGCUUGCAUUUGGAUCACAGAUGUUUUUCUAUUAUAAGUUGAAGAAAGGUAUUUGAUGUAUUACUUAUUAAUUUAAAUUAUUUGGCGUGCUCUUUUAUACUUCACUUUUUAAAUAUACGUACUUUCCAUGAACAGGUUUUGAAUAAGUUUAUCUAACAAAAAAAAAUUUUUUUAUGCAUAAUCAGUUGCACCCCUACUUUUCAAACUUGAUUUUAGAAUAAAUUGUGCGACGAUUAUGCGAGAAAACACGGUAAUCCUUAUGGUGAUGAACUAAUUUGAGCAUAAUUCAGCAUAUUUUCUUUAGUUACGCUCGUUUGAAAUUGUAGCACCUUUUUUUCCUCUUAUUAUUAUCUCCUCACCUUGCUGAAAUAUCUCAAGUGUUUGAUGAUUAAUUUUUAGUGGUGAGCUUCAGAAAGUAUACAGUUUUACAAGAGAUUAAUUUGUUUUGUCAUUACUCAUUUUUCAUUACCAAAGGAUAUAAAAUGAGUGUUCACUAUUUAGGUAGGAUUUUUUGCCGCUUGGAAUAUUACACACGAGUUUUGUGUGUGGACAAAACCUAGUAUAACCUGCAAUACAGUUUUAAUAACACAUGCAUUGUUUUGUUAAAACACUGGUUUAAAAAUUUUUCCACCGUGUUGUAAAAUUUUGGGAGCAAAGAUCUGCCCAUCAGCAUCAUGAUACGGGGUACAUAAACUAGUCAAAACUGUACUGCAAGUAAGAAGUACAAGAUAUUAAAAACAAUUAUUAGUAUUGAGCCAGUUCCGAUCUUGAAAUGGAGUCCUUUGAUGGCAUUCCGGAAUUAAAAUGUUGGGGAUCCUUAGGUUUGUGAAAGUUUUCCCACAUGUGGAGCUUUGGUGUGUGUGUGUGUGUGUGUGUGUUUUAAUGAAAUGUUAUUACGUGUGUUGUUACGAAAGAUUGUUAUAUGGUUAUUAACAUGUUACUGAGAGUUACUUAUUUGUUGUAGCAUGGUUCCAUUCCAUUUGUGUUUAAACUCAUGAAGUAAAUAUUUUAUUAAAGCUGGAAUAAUAUAGUGCAUAUCUAUAUAAAUUUAAUUUUUGUAACUUUUAUUUUCUGUGUAAGAAUAUUACUUGAAUAAAGCAGCAGUAAUUUU